AUGUCAUCGACAAAAUUAAGACGUAAAGGAAGUCAGGGAACCACAUCAAAAGCUUCUCGAGAAAUCGUUGAUGAUGACCCAAAUGUGGAAGAUAAGUGUGAGCAUAUGUGGCCAACAGCGGCAGACAUGGUUUUGCUCAAAGGUAAACCACGGAAAGAAUGGCAACAACCUGAACCAAUCUCAGUUCAACAAAUAGAUUUCUAUUUGGGUCGCAUUCCACAGUGGUAUAUCGAGGAGAAAUUUCUGAAGAACCCUGGGGACUACCUUCUUGCUCGUGGUCAUGAUAAUAAAUUAUGCUUAUCAAUUAAGUCUAACGAAGCCGGCAACCCCGCAGUACAUUUGCCUAUUGAAUUUUGUCAAACUAAGCAGGUAAAAGGUGAUCGGAACUAUUACUAUCGAAUCGAAAGGACCAUUUUACAAAAUCGCUCAGUUUGGGGUUUGAUCCGUUCAUACCAAAGCUGUCACGCAAACAUUUUAAAAAUCAACACAAGACGUGAUGUGCAGCUGUUAAAUCCAGUCAUUCCAUGUCAGGGAUGUCGUUAUUUAAAAACUGAGUAUUGUUUUCUGAAUAUGCAAAUUAAAGACAAGUCAGAAGUCAAUAUCGGUGAAUUACUCUGCAAAGGAGAGCGAUCAACAAUAUACAAAGCUGUGCGUUACAUGGACAAGUCUGGUUUGGCAAAAACGAAGACAGAAAAACCAAUUAUUCUCAAGGAAAUGGAUGAAUACAGUGUAGAUGUCUUGGAUAACCUGUUCCGAGAACUACACGUAGUGAGUUCUAUUCGUCAUGCACUGGGUCCAAAUAAAGCAAUUAGCGUAGAAGCUGUUAUGGUUAGCAGUCCACCGUAUUCUAUUGCCUAUGGAUUAUGCAAAAAAGGAUCAUUACUUCAAUAUCUUGAAAAGAAUAACAUCAGUAUGAAAAGCAAAGUGCAGAUACUGAGCCAUAUCGCAAUGACUUUAUCUCAGUAUCAAAAGAUCCCUGUAAUCCACGGCAAUUUGAGAGCCAAAAAUGUAUUUGUUGAUCUCAGCGACGAUAAAAUCGCUAAACCAAUUUAUUAUCUUGGAGGUUUUCAGUAUUCAACUUUGAGCAAGUCAAAAAAAGUGGAUCCAACAAAGGUGGCAAAUAAACGAUGGCUUGCUCCUGAAGUUUUUACCACCAAACUUCUAACACCUGAGACGGACGUUUUUGCAUUUGCAUUCCUUAUGUAUGAGGUACUUACCAUGCAAGUACCACAUGCUGCAAUUAGCAAUGCAAAUGUGCUCGAAUAUAUCAAAAAGAACCCAGACGUUCGUCCUACGGUGCCAGCAACGGUUCCUAACUGGUUGCGGGUAUUGGUAAACAACUGUUGGAGCACAGCACCAGAAAAAAGGCCUCAAUUUGAUAAUGUCUGGCAACAAUUCAAGAAGAACGAUGCAUGA